AUGACGAAUAAACGCCACUCGCUGAUCGUUAAGCUGAGGAGGCCCUGCAGAGCCGUGCCCUGGGGUAUUAGUAUCGCAGGUGGUGCCGAUCUCGGCACACCCUUGGUGGUCACUCGUUCGGAGAACGAGGAUCUCCACAAGGGCGACGUGAUAAAGAAGAUCGACGAGUACGACGUGCGCGACCUAAGGCACGUAGACGCCCAAACACUCCUGCAAAAUUCCGAGUCCGUAGUGUUAGCCGUCGAAAGGUCCGAUUUGCCCUACAAUAUUAUUAGUAAGAGUAACAAUAGUAACGCCGAUAACGAUCGUACAUUCGGAUCGGAGUACCACCAUCAUCAUCAUCAUCAUCAACAUCACCGCAGCGACAAUACGUCAUCCGCUUCAGUCGUCAAAACUAGCGUCAUCACCUGCAACGGCAGCGCUAAUAACGACAUCGGCGCGGCUGCGAGCGUCGAUCAUGUCAUAACACUCAAGUCGAUUCGCAGCACAAAGUUUGUAAACGAGCCGAUGCAAACGCCAAUAACGGCACCUAAGGACGCGCCGAUCGUUAAAAAUCGGCACAAUGACGGCGACACUGGUCCCGUUGGGCGCCAGUUUCGGCAAAUUUUCAAGCUCCUGUGCGCCAGGCUCUCCGAGCAACUCAUCCUACAGCUGCUCUGA